GAAUUCCUUCUCUUGUUUUUUUUUCUCAGGGAAGUUACCUUGUGAAAGCUAUAAAUACGAAAAUCUCAUUUCCUUCCACUGCCCAAGAAGUUUGAAACUAGAAAAAAAAUACUUCUUAAUUUCUGUCCACUCGAGGAUUCAAAGAUGGCAUCCUCCACCAUUUCAGUCACUCGCUCAGAUGCUUUCAGAGCAGCGUCAGAUUAUAAAUCACGGUCGCGGUCGUCGUUUGCAACCAUUCGCGAUUUCUGGAUACAAGAAGGCGCGAUACCACUAGACACGGAAGGCAACACGAUCCUCCAUUUUCUAGCCAUGUACGGGAACGCAUUCGUGGUCCGGAAACUCGUCGAGGACAGCGGCAACAACAACAACAACAGCAGCAUAGUAAAAUGUGAAGAUCUGUUCGGGAGGAACGACAAGGGCAACACGCCGUUGCAUGAAGCCGCGAGGUUCGGUCGGAAAAGCGUGGUCGAAAUCCUUUUGCGGAAACAAGAAUCGUUGGUUCGGGAACGCAACAGUUUAGGAGAGACGCCUGUUUACGUUGCUGCGGCCUGUGGACACGAGGAUGUCUUCGACCAUCUGAUCGCAAAGAUCGAUGGCGAUUGGGAGAUCAUGACCAGAAGUACCGACAAGUCCAACAUUCUUCACGCUGCGGUUAUGGGAGAACAUUACGGUCUUGCUAUGAGAAUAUUGGAGUCAUACCCCCAACUUGCUCAUAAUCAUGAUGAAAAAAGAAGAACCGUAUUGUAUUUGUUGGCUCAAAAACCCGAGUCCUUCAGAAGCGGGUCAUGUUAUUCUCCACACAAUUAUAUGUCCGCCUCCUUGAUCAUUUCGGUACACUUUCUUGCAGUUCUCAUAUACUGGUUUAUUCCGUCGAUGGUGUAUCAGCCGAAACAAAAAGGGUUCCGGGCAUCAAUAGUCGCAGGAUUCAGAACCGUCAUCAAAGCUUAUUGGCGUACUAGAAGAAUCUAUGAUGAAAAGCAGAAACAUGCCUUUGCACUUGAGCUAGGAAAAAGGCUCGUAAAAGAAGAGAGAGAAUGGAAUCGAUACUUAGACGAUCGCAUGGGGAGCCCGAUUGUUGAAGCCACAAAGAAGGGCAUCAUUGAGUUGGUAAAUGAGAUUAUAGGAAAAUUUCCGGAGGCUGCGUUUAGCUUUGACAAGAAUAGUCGCGUUGCCGCCUCCGGCGCUUCUCAAAAUGACAAAGGAAAAAACAUAUUACACAUAGCGGUUAAGCAGAAAGAUUGGAAUAUCUACGACUUAUUGAAGAGGAAAAUAGAACUCAGAGAUGGAAUGCUGGUGGGAGAUGUUGAUAAUCGUGGAAACACCAUAUUACAUCUUGCUGCCAAAUUGGGUACUCCAAGUUCUAGAUCAGUUCAACGAGGACAUUUGUACGAGAUGAUGUGGGACGUUUGUUGGUUUAAGCACGUGAGUUACAACUCUCCCCCACAUUUGUGGAAUCUUCGAAACAAGGACGGGAAGACAGCAAAAGAAGUAUUUGUAAAAGAACAUUCGGAAAUACGAGAGAAGGCUGAGAAAGCAGUCAAAGACAUGAACAAUGGUCUGAUGCUAAUCGUAGCGUUGAUCGGAACCGUCAAUUACGCAGCACUCUUUACCCCGCCGGGUGGUUACCGCCAGAGUGAGGAUGAUCCUCGUUACGGUCUCCUCGUUUUCCUCACGGACGACAUGCGCAUGUACUACUUGCACAUAUUCUGCGGUCUUUUAGCUGCCUUUGUUGCCUUCGCGACUAUGUUUUCGAUCCAGUCAUGUCCGUUCCGCAGCAAUGACUUCUACCUGGACUUGCCGUUGAGACUUUUGGUUGCUAUGGGUUCCUUGAUGCUCUCCGUGGUAUUCAUCGCCCUCGCAUCUCGUCAGGUCUACCUUCUUGAAAGGAUUGGUUUCCCUCUGGGAGAAUACAUUACGUACGCGUGCUUGCUCGCUGCAACAUUCAUCCUUGGAACCAUAGACGGAAGUUUCUUGCUCCUCUAUUACCUCUCAUUUUUGCUUAAACUUGAGUUGCUUCCCUAGCAACCCAUGAAAAGCACAUGGUUUACUUUUACUGCUUGAGAAGACUCUCAAGCUUCUGUAAUAUGUUUUCAGAUUUGCUCAAUAAAUGUGAGUUUAUCACAUCUUUGCUUUAUUUUCUCUCUUGUUUAGACUAUAAAUAGGCUUGUAAUCUGAAUAUGUAAGUGUGCAAAUAAGAGUGAUCAAAAUGUGUGAGAGAGUGUAAGAAAAAUCAAGUUUCUCUUGUGUAAUACAAAUUGAGUAUGUUUGUGAAA